ACCAACCAACCAACCAAGUUGACAACGAUUUCACUGACCGAUCUCCAUAUCUUCUGAAGAUCCCAACCAGGUCGACACACCACACCAGGCGUCGGCGAAAAGUGGCAGUCGGCCAGCAGCAAUUAGCUUCUUUGUGAGGCAUGGAGAAGAGCAGGGUGCUUGUUGUUGGUGGCACUGGUUACCUCGGCAGAAGGAUGGUGAAGGCGAGCUUAGCCCAGGGCCACGAGACCUGCGUCCUGAUGAGGCCGGAGAUCGGCCUCGACAUCGACAAGCUCCAGAUGCUGCUGUCGUUCAAGGCGCAGGGAGCGCGGCUCCUUGAGGCGUCGCUCGACAACCACCGGGGCCUCGUCGCCGCCGUGAAGCAGGUGGACGUGGUGGUGUCGGCCAUGUCCGGGGUUCACUUCCGUAGCCACAACCUCCUGCUGCAGCUCAAGCUGGUGGAGGCCAUCAAAGAAGCCGGAAAUGUCAAGCGUUUCCUACCAUCUGAGUUCGGCAUGAACCCAGCAAGGAUGGGGCAUGCCCUUGAACCAGGAAGGGUCUCCUUUGAUGAAAAGAUGGAGAUAAGAAAGGCGAUAGAAGAAGCAAACAUUCCCCACACCUAUAUUUCUGCUAACUGCUUUGCCGCUUACUUCGUUCCUAACCUGUGUCAAAUGCGUACCCUUCUUCCACCCAAGGAGGAAGUUCACGUCUAUGGAGAUGGAAACGUCAAAGCAAUAUUCAUGGACGAAGAUGACGUUGCAGCAUACACAAUCAGGUGCAUUGAUGAUCCACGGGCCUUGAACAAGACAAUAUACCUGCGACCAGAAGAAAAUAUCCUGAGUCAAAAUGAGUUGAUUGCUAAAUGGGAAAAGCUCUCAGGAAAGGUUCUUGAGAAAAUUCCCAUUCCAAGUGAAGAAUUCUUGGCGUCAAUAAAAGGUACAGACCUUGCUAAUCAGGUGGGGAUAGGGCAUUACUAUCACCUUUUCUAUGAGGGUUGCUUAACAAACUUUGAUAUCGGAGAUAAUUGGGAAGAAGAGGCUUCUCUACUCUACCCAGAGAUUCAGUACAUCAGGAUGGACGAGUACAUGAAACGCUACUUGUAACUACAACUCUAUGAACCUGAACUACAUUGUCUCAACUACAUUAGCACACGGUUCGAUGGAGAUGCCCUAGAAAACAGUGGUCCAUGGAAGUGAAACUGAAGACUCCAUCAGUUUGUAAUACUUUGGAUUAUAUUUGUUUUAGCUUUGAACUUACAAAAAAAAAAAUUUAUUCGGACUAGCUGUAAUGAAAAUUUUAAUUUAUUAUUUGGAUUAUGUAUAUGAAACUAGCUUGUAGCAUACAUUUCGUAUAAUGAUCUAUCCUUGAAUAUUUCAACCAUUAA